AUGGCCGCCUCAAGACUUUCAGCCGAGGUACCCACCCUCGACGCUCGACCAGGCUUCUCACGAGCCGAUACCGACUUACCUGACACCCACAAAGAAGCUAAGACGGUUUUACCAGACACAGAGAACCACUCUUCCACCCAAGAUGAUCGAUCCGACAAGGAAAGUAUAGGCUCGAUCGAAAAAUACCCCGGUGUAGCCAAGAUCGAAGCUCUCUACAUGGUCUUCGGUAAAGGUGCUAAACUUUGGGUCUUAUGGGUAUCUAUCGGUCUUCUGGCUUGCGCUUAUGCUUUGAGUUCGAACACCACGUAUCUUUACACCGCCUUUGCCACCUCUGCGUACGGUGAACACACUGUCCUCGGAACGAUCAGCGUCAUCACGUCCAUCAUGUCCGGUGUGGCCAAACCUUUUAUUGCUAAGCUUGCCGAUCUGUGGUCACGUCCCGUUGCCAUCGCUUUUGGAGUAGUCUUCUACACCAUCGGGUACAUUGUCAUAGCAGCUUCCAAUUCCGUUGGCGAUGUCGCAGGCGGUCAAGUCAUCUCCACUUUGGGAGACACUGCUCUAUCGUUCACUCAAACCAUCUUACUCGGUGAUAUCACCUCAUUGCAAUACAGAGGAUUGGUCAACGCUUUGGUUUCAGUUCCUUACAUCCCAUUCGCCUUUGUUGCUGGUGAUAUUGCCGAGGGUAUCGGUGCCUACACUACUGUCAAUGGAUGGAGAUGGGGAUACGGAAUGUUCUGCAUCAUCAUCCCCGCCGUGGUCACCCCCUCUGUCUUGAUCCUUCUGUGGGCAGAUCGACGAGCCAAGAAACUCGGUGCUUUAUCCCUCGCUUCAUCAACAUACGCUCGAGAACGGGUGCUUGCCAACGUGAACGCUCCUCGAAAAACCUACACCGCCAUCUUGAUCGACUACGCUAGAAAGAUCGAUGCUGUCGGUUUGUUGUUACUCGGCUUCGCAUUCGGUUGUAUCCUCACCCCAUUCACUUUGUCUACCACUGCCGCAGGCGGGUACAAGAACCCUUCCCUCAUCGCUUUGCUCGUCGUCGGUGGAAUCCUGUUCAUCGCCACGAUCAUUUGGGAAUGGAAAUUCGCUUCUCACCCUAUCAUGCCAUUGAGAAUCUUCAACCGAACUUUCAUCUGCGCUGUCGGUAUCGACUUCAUGUAUUACUUCUCCGGUUACCUCUCCGAUGCUUAUUGGUCUUCUUGGCUCUGGGUUGCUAGAGAUUACGAUUCCAAAGACUACACUUACAUCCUUAACAUUUUGACCGUCGGUCUCUGUGGUCUCGCCGUUCCAGCAGGUUUGAUACAACGAUACACCCAUCGAUUCAAGUAUCUCCAAAUCUCCGGACUGUGUUUCCGAAUCAUCGGUAUGGGUCUCAACUACCUCUCCGUAGCAGGUAACGGAUCCAACGCCGUCAUCGUCUCUUCUCGAGUGAUGAUCUCCCUCGGUGGUGCCAUCUCCGUCAUCUCCUCUCAAGUGGCCUCUCAGGCUUCCGUGCCUCACAACGAUUUGGCCCUUGCCGCUUCCAUUUUGGCUUUGUGGACUUCCAUUGGGGGUGCGAUCGGUUCUGCUAUCGCCGCGUCGGUAUGGAACAGACGAGUACCCCAAAUGCUCGAACUGUACGUUGGUGAUUACUACAAUCACAAUGCUACUGCUCUCGCCGAGAUCUUCGGUUCGAUCUACGUUGCCAGAGCUGCCGAACCUAGAGAAUUGAUCGUCAAGGCCUACGAUGAAGCUGUUAAACCCUUAUACCUCGCCGCUUUACUCACCUCGUUCGUCUCUUUGAUCUUCGGUGCUUUCACCAAGAACUAUGUUUUGGACGAUCGACACAACGCCGUCGAAGAUACCGUCAUCAGCAUGAAGUCCGAGGACGAGACUGCUCCCGAGGUCGUAGCCGCCAAGGCCAGAGAAGCUGAAGCUAAAGCGGCUGAGAAAUUACAUGCUGAAGGUAGACUCUAA